GAUGACCAGAGACUGCGGACAGUACAGGAGAUGACCAGAGACUGCGGACACAGUACAGGAGAUGACCAGAGACUGCGGACAGUACAGGGGAUGACCAGAGACUGCGGACACAGUACAGGAGAUGACCAGAGACUGCGGACACGGUACAGGAGAUGACCAGAGACUGCGGACACGGUACAGGAGAUGACCAGAGACUGCGGACACGGUACAGAAGAUGACCAGAGACUGCGGACGCGGUACAGGAGAAGACCAGAGACUGCGGACACGGUACAGGAGAAGACCAGAGACUGCGGACACGGUACAGGAGAUGACCAGAGACUGCGGACA